GCUUGCUAACCUGUUAGCAUGGCUACUGUCUAAUCACAAAACACACUGCAGUGCAGCAGCAGCGUAGACCACAGGGACGAAUCGAGUCCACCUUUCUUUCACAUUCCUUCAUUCUUUGUGCUUUUAUUUUAGCCAAAAUGGGGACGAGAGACGACGAAUAUGAUUAUUUGUUUAAAGUGGUCCUCAUUGGGGACUCCGGUGUGGGGAAGAGUAACCUGCUAUCCCGUUUCACCCGCAAUGAAUUCAAUCUCGAAAGCAAAAGCACCAUUGGAGUGGAGUUUGCUACACGAAGCAUCCAGGUAGAUGGGAAGACAGUGAAGGCUCAAAUCUGGGACACAGCCGGACAGGAGCGUUAUCGAGCUAUCACUUCUGCGUAUUACCGAGGCGCUGUGGGAGCUCUCCUAGUCUAUGACAUUGCCAAGCACCUGACCUAUGAAAAUGUGGAACGCUGGCUUAAGGAGCUGAGAGACCACGCAGACAGCAACAUUGUCAUCAUGCUCGUAGGCAAUAAAAGUGACUUGCGUCACCUCAGGGCCGUGCCCACCGAUGAAGCACGUGCAUUUGCAGAAAAAAAUGGGUUGUCUUUUCUGGAGACUUCAGCUUUGGAUUCCACCAACGUAGAGACCGCUUUUCAGACCAUCCUGACUGAAAUCUACCGGAUCGUGUCCCAAAAGCAGAUGUCCGACCGUCGGGAUAACGACAUGUCACCUAGCAACAAUGUGGUGUCCAUCCAGGUGCAGCCUACUGAGAACAAACCAAAGAUGCAGUGCUGCCAGAACAUCUAGCAGCACCCGUACCCUAAUCCCCCUCCCCGAGCACCCACCUGCAACACCCUCUCCCCUCCUCUUCAAGACUGCGCUGGGUCUGAGAUGCAGCUGCACAACUAGGCUUGAGCACAGAGGCUGGUUCCAAAGCUGGAAUCUCAAGGGGUCACCACCUGCAGUCUGGACUAUGCUUGUUUUUCCCUUCUUCCUGCCAUGUAGGCUUUUAUAUUGCAGAAUUUUAAUAAUCGUCGUGCCGAUCUUCACUGAAAUGUCUUAAUAUAUAAUUUCAUUCGCAAACGUUUGCUCAUAUAUGUAUACGUCUUUAGUAGCAGCCCCAUUUCUGCCGUCGUGUCUGGGGUGGAGGGGAGAAACGUGCAGUAUUUGGAGGUAUUGCUGUAUUUAAUAUUGUGAUGUGUAGAGAUGAUGUCUCUGUUGAUAGAUGUUUAGACAGUGAUUAGGGCCCAAAAACCACAGACUUCACCUUAUAUAUAAAUAUAUAUCCAAGUAUGGGUUACAUUGCAUGUUGUAAAGCUAAGUUGCGGCCUCCAUCAUGCGUUACAAAUCGGCAUCCUUGCAUUGCAUUAUUUUCUCAUCACGGCCCAUCGAAGAGGUUUAAACUCGUGGCACAGCCUGAACACGGUGCCUCAGACCUAUCCAUAGCUACUGCUGCUAUGCUAUUUUCUCCCUGCCAUGUGCAUCAUUUGCAUUUGAGGUAGAAUAGUGGUUUUAGUGCCUUUCUUGAUGGAACGUACCCACAACGCCUCCGGUUUCAUGCAUGUUGCUUAAAACACAGCACCUCUUCGAUUCUCCAUGUCAGUGCAGCGAGGCCUUCAUCACGUGAUGCUCUGCAGUGCUAUCAUUAUGCUGUAAUAUAGUGUAAUACUGACCAUUUUCCGGUGAUUUAAUCUCAGUUAUUGUCUUGGAUGUCGUAGACAUUUUACAGCAAAGUUCAGUUUGUAAUAAACCGUAAUUGAUGUCAUAAUGCGGAAAAAGCAUCUCUCUGUGGCUUUAAGCGCAGUAGAGGGGAAAUUACUUGCGCUUCGGUGCCCACACAAGGCACAAGUUCUUCUCAAACACAAUUGAAAAUAAAUAACACUACCGCAACCCAUUCAGUACGAAACAAGGGAAUAGAUACUUGCGUUUUACCUUGUCACUUCUCCUAAAUUAUGCACGCGUUUUAUUAGUUUACCACCACCACCACCACAACAACGUAGUACUUUUGCAGCUAAGAGCAGGAUAAACAAACGGCAGUUAAUACCUAAAAGCGGACGACCACAUCACACGAAAGCACUCUAGGGAACAGACUGGAUACUUUCUCUUUUUGCACUGAAUGUAAAAUAUCUCCCCGUUUGACUUGGCGCACUACAGUUUAUAAUCUCCAGACAUGUAACUUGUAUUUAUUCUGUGGUAGCCUUUAAUUGUUGUGGCGAAGCGAUGGGACUCUUAGACGUUAAGACACAAGUGUGAUAAUUUAUGAAUGUAUUAUGUAUUUUAGCCUACAAGUCUUGUCCUUAUUCCAGCAGAUGGGCAGACUACCACAAGCUGUGAUGCUCAUUUUUGCUUAAUGGCUGUCUAAUACAAUUUAUUCAGUGUGAUAUAAAAUAUCAGUAAAGACUGAAUUAAUAAUGCAUGUUAUAUAGCGGUCACCACGGAUGACCUCAAGAGUGGAAAAAUACCGUAGACCUCAGCAUCUUAGUCUGCAACCCGAAAGUCAAUUACUUUUAGACAAUUUCACUUUGGUUAUCGAUCUCUUUGACUUUAAUUACCCCAGCCCCAGGUAAAACAUUUCUCACUAAGAUAAUUCGCAUUCCAGGUGAAAUCGACGGCCCUUCCAAGACUGCGGUGGCUUGUUUUCAAACUCGAGUAAUGUAAUUGUAAAAAUGGAAGACUGAAGGGAAUGGGCCAACGUUACCGCACAGGUGCAUGCGAGUCAUUUUCAGUCUCCUGUAUCUUGUAUAGCAGCACGUUGAGGUAAUGCAGUACUUUUGACGUGAAAAGGAAAAGGCCAGGGUGUGUUUCUGUAGUUUACCGCGCUUAGUUAGGACCCUGAUUGUAUGACUGUUCUUUAGAGGCAGGGGUCUCUGGUGCUAUCAGGGGCCAGUGCCAAUGAUGUGAGGGUACAGAUGGCACAAUAUUGACCUGCCCAUGCACUGCACAUAGCUGGUGUGUUCUAGUUAGAUUGCCUGGAUAUUACUUUUCUGACUGUCAGAUCUUUCACGUAUUGCCUCAAGAACCAUUAUUACUUUUUUGUUUCUUUUGUCUGCACUGUACUGUGAUUUAUUUUGUAUUGUUAUAAUUAUACUAUUACUCUGUCCACUGUAAUUCCAGUUUAAAUGAGCAAAUAAAAUAUGUAGUUAAUUCAAAA